GUUCCGAUUGAUUACUAGCAGCCUAGUGCAUGAAAUCGAUAAAAGUGUUUGUGAUUCGUAGAUCUACCCUCGAACAGAUAACUCGGAUUCGUUUCCGUUACUUCCAGACUCCACAAGCAUAAAAUGGCUCAGAACCGAUUCUUCCCCGCCAUCGGCCAACUCGCCCGCAAAGCAGACGCAAACCCGGGCGAUGCCUCUGGUGCCCAAACGCAAGACGAUGACAAGCCGCUUGAGGAAGUGCAAUCCCUAUGCAUGCAAUGCGGCGAGCAGGGUGUCACCCGGAUGAUGUUAACUUCGAUUCCGUACUUCAAGGAAGUGAUCGUGAUGAGCUUCCGAUGUGAACACUGUGGUGCGGCGAAUAACGAGAUACAAUCUGCCAGUACUAUCAAACCGGAAGGUGUGCUAUAUACUCUCAAGGUCCUACAUCGCGCCGACCUGGACCGCCAGAUCGUCCGCUCCGAAGCGUGCACGGUCGAGAUACCGGAUUUCGAACUUCAACUGCCGCCUGCUCGCGGACAACUUACAACCGUAGAGGGUCUGCUGCGUGACGUCGCAACUGACCUGGGUGCUGACCAGCCUGUGAGAAGAAUAUUAGAUGAGGCGGCGUAUACGAAGAUUCAACAAAUUAUCGACGGAAUUAAAGAAGUUCUAGGUGACGAAGAGGAGGUCGAGGAUGACAUUGAGCAGGCGAUGCGGGCUGCCAGUGCAGCAGAACAGAACAAGGAAAACCCCGUCAAGCAAGUCAUCACCCUCAAACUUGACGAUCCCACAGGCAAUUCUUUCGUCGAGUUCCUUGGAAGCAUUUCGGACCCCAAGUGGACGUUCAAGACGUACGCCCGGAAUGCAGAGCAAAAUCGUGCGCUAGGGUUGCUUCCUCCGGACUCAACAGAGCAGGAAGAUUCCACAGAAGAGAAGAAAGAGGCGGACGGAAAUGAGGAAGUUUACGAGUUCCCGGGUGUGUGUUCGCGAUGUACACGUCCACUAGUAACUCGCAUGAAGAAAGUAUCGAUUCCGUACUUCAAGGAUACGUUGAUCAUGUCAACAAAUUGCGAGAAUUGUGGAUACCGAGAUAACGAAGUCAAGUCUGGGGCUGCCAUCUCUGAUAAGGGGAAGAGAAUUACUCUGAGGGUAGAAGAUCGGGAAGACUUGAGCAGAGAUAUUUUGAAAAGCGAGACAUGUGGCUUGACGAUACCAGAGAUAGAUCUGGCGCUGCAGCCCGGAACGCUCGGCGGACGAUUUACAACAGUAGAAGGUAUCCUAGAGCAAGUCUACGAGGAGCUGUCAGAAAAGGUAUAUACGGCUGGAGACUCCAGCACAAUGGUGGACGAAGACAGACAAAAAUUCCAGGGCUUCUUGAAGCAGCUAAAAGAGAUCACUGCCGCUGAGAAGCCGUUUACUCUGAUCUUAGAUGAUCCUCUCGCGAACUCGUACCUGCAGAACCUGUAUGCGCCUGAUCCAGACCCUAACAUGGAGAUCAUCACGUACGAGAGAACGUGGCAGCAAAACGACGAACUGGGUCUGAAUGACAUGAAGGUAGAGAACUAUACUGCGGAUGAUCCAAAUGAAUCGAAUGAAGAGAGCAGCAUCAAGGAAGUUGCACCAUGAAUGUGUCACUCGUACUAAUAAAACAUUGUCGUUGGUUGGUAUCAACGUUCUAAUCAUUAGGAAUAAUGCACUGGUGGUCUGGGAUCUUCAAAGGUCUGUUGGAAACUAAUAGCUGUCACGAUAUGAUAGGUACUGAGUUGUCAACAUACGACAUCUGCUCGAGGGAGGCACGUUGGUGUGGUCUGUAGUGACAAGUUGUGUGUCAAGAGCG